GCCCCUAUUCCCUGCCCAAGAGGGCUCUCAAGCUUCCAGGCUGUUACUGCGCGUGCGCACUGAGUAGUAAACGGCUUCCGAAGAUGGCGGCGGCCAGGCGCUUGUGGAAGACGUGGGGAUCCAUUGGAACCACUGUUUCUAGUUCUUCCAGGGGCCUGGCAUCUGUCAUCCCCAGGAUCUCCCAAGUAGAUAAUACUUCAGAUUUCUUGGGCAAACAUUCAAGCCGCCGCCGCCACCACCCUGGCGUCCUCCAUCUCAAGAGUGUCAGCCUUCCUCCUGAAUUGGUAGAAACCGCUCGCUUUCUGGUGGACCAAUCUUCUGUGCGCAAUAUGGAGAAACAAAUCAAAGCCCUCACCAACUACCUCUGGAGCCGCAAGCGACCUGUGGAGAUAACAGAGCUGUACCAGAAGGUGCACAAGGUGGAGCAGCAACUGAAGGAGGAGAUAGCUCAUGCCCAUCAGGAAGAUUCAGUGAGCCCUCCAAUUCAAAUUGACCAGCAUAAGUUGCAGCGCAAGGUUUUGAAUGCCAUUCGUAAAACAACUUACCACUGGAAGCCAUUGAAGUACACUGAUGAGCUCAGCUUUCUAUACAUGGUUGCCCGGAUGGAUGGGGUGUUUGCUGCAGUAUUCCGAGCUUUCCAUGAGAUCCACAAGAGAGUUCCAGACUUUGAACCUCGUACUCUAUUGGAUUUUGGCUCAGGAACUGGUGCUGUCAGCUGGGCAGCACAUAGUAUCUGGGGUCAGUCAGUCAAGGAGUACAUGAACAUUGACUGCUCAGCUUCAAUGUUGGCUUUGGCUGAAAAACUGAUGAAAGGCUUAUCCGAGGAGCAGACUCCAUGCUUUCCCGGUGUCUAUUUCCGGCAGUUCCUCCCCGUCUCACCAAAGGUGAAGUUUGACCUUGUGGUAUCCGCUUAUUCUCUUAAUGAACUCCCAGGGUAUUCGGAAAGAGUAGAGACCCUGCAUACCCUUUGGAGGAAGACAGAUGGCUUUUUGGUUCUGGUGGAAAACGGUACUAAGGAAGGUCAUCAGAUGCUCAUGGAGGCCCGAGAUCUUAUACUGCAUGACGAAGAGAAAGUAGCUCAUGAUCCUCGGGAACCCUACGUUUUUGCUCCAUGUCCACACCAUUUGCCCUGCCCUCGCCUGUCACGGGACCAACCCCUGCCAUGUAACUUCAUCCAGAAGUAUCAGCCCCUGCCUUUCAAAUGGAACCCACCACAGAAGGAGGAGAGGUUUUCCUUCCUUAUCCUCAGCCGUGGAUCCGGAAAAUCCACAGAACUGUGGCCUCGGAUCACCCAGCCUGUCCUUGCGCAGUCUUCCCAUGCCCAUGUCCACCUCUGCUGUCCAGAUGGCAGCCUCCAGCAUGCCAUCAUCACCGCUAAGAAACAUGGCAGUGAUCUUUACCAAUGUGCCCGGCGUAGUAAGUGCGGAGACCGCCUUCCUGUUCUCAACUCACUUAGUGAGCUGUCUCCAGAAGCAGAAGAAGAAACAGAAGACGAAAAAGGUCCUGCAGAUAAAGACCAGAGUUGACAGGACUGCUCCUAGCGUGCUCUACGGCCUCCUGGGGACUUCUUACGUACAUUGGCCAACGAAGGCUAGCCAGUGCUACAGGACUGGCAAACUGGUUGGAGUGUAACAAGCAGCAAGCACUAUUUCCAGGAUCACAGGGAAAUAUCUAUGUGGUGUACAGCAGUGGUUUCCAACUGUGGGUCACCCCAGUGUUCUCGGACUGCAAUUCCCAGAGACCUUGGGCAGCACAGCUAGCGGUGAAGGCUUCUGCGAUUUGCAGUCCAAGAACAUCUAGAUGACCCAAAAUUGGGAAUGACUGGGUCUAGGUUUUCUGAAGCAUUUUGCACAGAGGAUGCAAAACCUUCUUGGAUCCCCUCUCUGCUCUUUGUGUGCUAUGUUUUAAUUCCAACAUUUCCAUUUGAUCUGAUAUGGCCACUUGUAGCGGCUGCACGUGUAGUCCUGUUGCAUCCUCCAGACUGCCUCACUGUUGUGGCUGCUGUGAUGGGCUCUGUUCCCUGCCAGGAUGAGCUGAAUGCACUGAGAAAUAAACACACAACCAGAGAGCCUGCAUUUCUGAAGUAAGGGUACCAACCAUUUCAGCUGAAAGGUAGGGAAUUGGAGAUUUACAUUUCCUCUUCUCUGCACCGUCUCUAAAGUCAUUAUUUGCACAGGGAAGGCUAGCAUGUUGAAGUGUUAGCCCAGAAUCUUUCCCCACAGUUUCUGUGUUUGUUUAGAUAAUAUCAUGUGAGCAACAAGGAAGGAACUAGCAAGAUGUCAUCAUGUAGAACAGCCUUCCCUAAUCUGGGAAUGAUGGGAAUCGUAACCCAACACACCUUGAGAGCUCCAGGAUUAAGAAGGCUAACAUAAAUACACUAACUGUGAGAUCCCUAUUCAAAGAGGUUGAAAGUACUUUCCAGUCUAAUAAGACUCACAAUCCUGUCCACUAGAGUUUGAAGUGCGCAGAGGAGUUGGAUAAAGCAUCUCUGCAGAUUGCGUAAUGCUGAUGAGUUCCUUUGGAAUUUGGCAAUCGGAUUGGAUAAAGAAUGAGGAAGAAAAACCGAGACGUUUUCCAGCAGACUAUGCAGUUUUGUGGGUGGUGUGGUGUUUCUAAACUGGAUUAGCAUCAGGACGCUGAAACCAGGAGGUGAUAGGAAGUCUCUGGUAUUGGUUCCAUAAACGAGGGUGUGAUCUCAUGUGUGUUUUAACUUCCAGGCCAGAAAAAAAAUAGGUUAAAUGAAUUAAAAUAUUUAUUUGCUUUUUCAAUUUAUAUACUGACCAUCUGGCCAACAGCCACUGUGAUUUACAGCACACACACA